AAUCAUAAUUACUUUUGCAUUGUUGUGUUUGGUUAAAAUAGUGAAAAGCAUUUAAUAUUUUUUACAAUUUUUCAUUGAAAUAAAUGUUUAGAAAGUAUUAAAGUAGAUAUUGUUAUGACAUCAAUGGAACCAGCACAGAAUAAAACAUGGGAUUUAUCUUUGUACGAACUGCAACGCAAUCCGCAGGAAAUCAUCACUGACAACACUGAGAUUGCAGUCUCUCCUAGAAGUCUGCACAGCGAAUUGAUGUGUCCUAUUUGUUUGGAUAUGCUAAAAAAGACAAUGACAACAAAGGAGUGUUUACAUCGUUUCUGUUCAGAUUGUAUUAUCACCGCUUUGCGGUCGGGCAACAAAGAAUGUCCCACUUGCCGCAAAAAACUUGUCUCAAAGCGUUCACUGCGGCCAGACCCAAAUUUCGAUCUUCUAAUAUCGAAAAUUUAUCCCAGUCGUGAAGAGUAUGAAGCCAUACAAGAAAAGGUCAUGGCGAAAUUUAACCAAACUCAAUCUCAGCAAGCAUUAGUUAACUCCAUAAAUGAAGGCAUUAAAUUGCAAUCGCAAAAUCGACCACAACGUUUUCGUGCCAAAGGCUGUGGUGGCCGUAAUGGCGGCGGUAAUGGCAAUGGAAAUCAUAAUUCUGCCAAUGCGAAUAACUCGAAUAAUGAAAGUGCUACAAAUGGCAAUGAUAGUGAUAACAGGGAAAGUGGAAAUGCACCACAACCUACAGCAGCUGCACCUUCAACACAUUCCAGCACUUCGGCGGCAGCCGCAUCAGCGUCUGGCAGUAGUGCCAGCACUAGUCGAAUGCAACAUGAUGACGGUGGCUCUAAUCCACCGUCUAUGCGUAGUACACCAUCACCGGUACCGUCGAACUCGAGCAGUUCGAAACCGAAACGAGCAAUGUCUGUACUGACAUCGGAAAGAUCUGAGGAGUCGGAAUCUGAUUCACAGAUGGAUUGUCGCACCGAGGGCGACUCCAAUAUUGAUACAGAGGGUGAAGGUACCGCUGAGCUUGGCAUAAAUGAUGAAAUAGAAUUGGUAUUUAAACCACAUCCGACUGAAAUGGCUGGUGAUAAUCAGCUAAUGAAAGCUUUAAAAGAAAACUGCAUACGCUAUAUAAAAACCACAGCCAACGCUACAGUGGAUCAUUUGAGCCAGUAUUUAGCCAUGCGUCUGACUCUGGACUUGGGCGCAGAACUUCCAGAAGCCUAUCGUAUGCUGAAUUUUUGUAUUUACAUAGCUCCGCAACCCCAGCAACUGGUCAUAUUGAAUGGUAAUCAGACGUUACAUCAAGUAAAUGACAAGUUCUGGAAGGUAUCGAAAGUUAAUAAACCAAUGGAGAUGUACUACUCAUGGAAGAAAUCCUAAGUUGCUGCAUAUUCAAAAGCUUGCACUUAUGCUAGGACAAAGGCUUUUGGAAAAAGCGGCAUCAUAUCCGAUUUUAUUCAUUUCAGCAUAUUGAGUGUAUUUUUGGAAAUAAAUAUAACAAGUGCGUGCCUAAAGCAUGAGCCUUGUUUACUAAUUUAAUACUAAAUGUAUGAUGUAAAACUAAAUAAAUUAUAUAACCGGCGUGAGUUGUGUGCAAAAAAAA